AUAGUUUUAUGUUUAAUGUUUCUAUUUCAGGAGGAAGAUCAAGAAUCAGAAAAUGAGAAACUAGUAGUAAAGGAACCUGAGACUGAAGAUGCAGAUGAAAAGUUCUCUUUUAAAUAUAGUCCUGGCAAACUGAGAGGAAACCAGUAUAAAACAAUGAUGACCAAAGAAGAACUUGAAGAGGAACAAAGGGUUCAGAGAGAGCAGCUGGCUGCCAUCUUCACCCUUCUAAAGGAAAAAACAGACACUUUUGGAGAUAUGUCUGAAUCUGAUAUCAAAGAACAACUUAAGCUUUAUGACAUGUAGACUGUAAGUUUUUUUUCCCUUUUCAGUAUUCUAAAGGUGUAAAACCUGUAGUUUUCAACAUGAUUAGAAUAUAUUG